AUGGAGACCUUCUCUCUGCUGCUACUCAGCCUGGGUUUGGUUCUUGCAGGAGAUUCAGAAAGCCUAAUGGAGAGAAUUAAAGAAGAAUUCUCAGGGGGAGAGAUGCAAUAUGACAUGGGAAACAGUGACCAAGGCAAACAGACUAUUGAGGUAUUAAUGAACUUGACUCUGUUAUAUAAAAACACCAGCCUCCGUAUGUCCAAGGAUAUUCUGUCUUCCUCAUUAUUGACAUUUAGAAGAUUACGUUAUAGCUUCGCCAAAGGAAACAGUCCAGGUAAUGACAAAGAGUAUCGCAAUGACAUGGUGGUCUGGAGAGAAGUUUCAGAAGCUAAUGGGUCACGCAAGUUAAGUUAUAACUUCACCCAUGGUUCCAUGGGAGUCAUUCACGGGGCCCCCAAAGCCUCCAGCUGCAAGUGUGGACAGAAUCUCGGCACAAACUGCUCUAGGAGCCCAGAACUGGACACCACUACGUGCCAGCUUGCUGUGGGCGAACAAUUCCCCAGGUGCCAAUACCACAGUGAUACCUCAUUAAAGAAAAUACUGGCAGUGCUGACAGGUCAUUCUCUGAUGAGCUGGUUGGUUAGUGGCUCUAAGCUGUAAAUCCUACUGGGCUUUGAGACCAGGGUCUAACUAAAGGACAUAUUUAGUCUUAUUAUUGUUGAUUUCCUUCUAUUAUCUGAAUCUACCUUUUGGCACUAUAGUAAAUUCUUGAUUAUCUAUACUAACUGGGGGAAUGAAAAAAAUCCCAAACUGUGGAGAAUUCGAUUAAAAUUUAUAAUUGAUCCUGGGGUACAGAUACACACACACACUCUCUCUCUCACACACACAGACACACACACUUUCUCUGAAGUAAACUGAACUCCAUCCUAACUCAGCUAUAAAGCCAAGAAGUAGAGUCACCCAACUUGACCAAAUUAAGGAGAAAAGGCCCCAAACCAAUAUUGGUAACUGAACGUUAAUUGUACUGCCGCUGAGACUAUUCAGAGAAAUAGUGAAUGAGCAUUGGGGAUAUUGUUAUCACUGUUUCUUUUCAGAUAAGUGUGUGCAUCGAUGCACCAAAUGUGAACACCCACCCUUGUAACCAGGUGUCUGCCUGUCCUC